AUGGCCAGUCUUCAGUUCCACGGCAAUGUCAGUGCGGACAUCAGGUAUGAUAUUAGCCUGGAUCCGGCCAGGGAAUCGAAUCUCUUCCGCCUGCUAAUGAGACAACAGUUGGCGAUGGGCACGCGGCCAUCUCCGCGGUUGCCCAACUGGUGGCCGAAGCGGCUGGAAAUGAUGGGCCAGGUGCUGGCCAAGGCCUAUUGUUCCAUGGUGAUUUUUACGUCGCUGCAUUUGGGUGUGCUGUUCACCAAAACCACACUGGAUGUCCUGCCGACGGGGGAGCUGCAGGCCAUAACCGACGCCCUCACCAUGACCAUAAUAUACUUUUUCACGGGCUACGGCACCAUCUACUGGUCCCUGCGCUCCCGGCGCCUUUUGGCCUACAUGGAGCACAUGAACCGGGAGUAUCGCCAUCAUUCGCUGGCUGGUGUGACCUUUGUGAGUGGCCAUGCGGUCUACAGGAUGUCCAGGAACUUCACGCUGGCGUGGAUGAUAUCCUGCCUGCUGGGCGUGAUAUUCUGGGGCGUUUCGCCACUGAUGAUGGGCAUCCGUAUGCUGCCGCUGCAUUGUUGGUAUCCCUUCGAUGCCCUGGGACCCGGCACAUAUUCCGCGGUUUAUGCCACACAACUUUUCGGCCAGAUCCUCGUGGGCAUGACCUUUUCAUUCGGGGGCUCCCUGUUCGUCACCUUGAGCCUGCUGCUCCUGGGACAGUUCGAUGUGCUCUACUGCAGCCUGAAGAACCUGGAUGCCCACACCAAGCUGCUGGCCGGGGAGUCUGUAAAUGGCCUGAGUUUGCUGCAAGAGGAGUUGCUGCUAGGAGACGCCACCCGGGAAUUAAAUCAGUACGCUCUGCUGCAAGAGCACCCCACGGAUCUGCUGAGGUUGGCGGCAGGACGAAAAUGUCCUGGCCAGGGCAAUGCAUUCCACAACGCCUUGGUGGAAUGCGUUCGCUUGCAUCGCUUCAUCCUGCACUGUGCCCAGGAGCUGGAGAACCUAUUCAGUCCAUAUUGUCUGGUCAAGUCCCUGCAGAUCACCAUCCAACUCUGCCUGCUGGUCUUCGUGGGCGUUUCGGGCACUCGGGAGGUCCUGCGCAUUGUCAACCAGCUGCAGUACUUGGGACUGACCAUCUUCGAGCUCCUGAUGUUCACCUAUUGCGGCGAGCUGCUCAGUCGGCAUAGCAUUCGAUCUGGCGACGCCUUCUGGAGGGGGGCGUGGUGGAAGCACGCUCACUUCAUUCGCCAGGACAUCCUCAUCUUCCUGGUUAAUAGUCGACGGGCAGUUCACGUGACUGCCGGCAAGUUUUAUGUGAUGGAUGUGAAUCGCCUAAGAUCGGUUAUAACGCAGGCCUUUAGCUUCUUGACUUUGCUGCAGAAGUUGGCUGCCAAGAAGACGGAAUCGGACCUCUAA